AAAAAAGAAAAUGACUUUUAUGUGGUCGAAGCAGCCACUUAAGGCUAUCUUGAUCAUAUUCCUUCUAUUGAAGACAGCUGCUCUUUUUCCAUGGCUCUUGAUUCGUUACUUCCUAAAAUCAUCUCGCCCGUUUCCAGAAUGGAGUUUAAAAUUGUGUAUUAUAAACCCUCUGGUUCGGCAGCUUCUUGCGUAUUAUGUGUAUACUCGAUCGGAUGCUAUGUCUAGUGUAAUCUCGGACCAUCAGAAAGCAAAGGAACGACAUUCUCUUGCGGCACCUGCGGAGACAAAUCUGUAUUCCGGAGUUAUAACCCCCGGUGUGGCGAAACCAGCUGCCGUGGGCGGAUUGUGGUAUCCAGCACCAUUACACGAAGGGUCACCGAACUUCGACGAUGAGAAGGUGGUACUACAUUUCCCUGGUGGCGCUUUUGUUCUAGCAUGGGGCCAGGAAACGUCCGGACGUGUUGUGGCGAAGGCCAUGUCCCGGUACCUAAAAGCGACCAGGACCUUUUACGCACAAUAUCGACCAUCAGUUGACAACACGACCCGUUUCCCAGCCGCUGUACAAGACUUAGUCACCUUCUACAACUAUAUCCUAUCUUUGGGCGUCAACCCGCAAAACGUGAUAUUGUCUGGGGAUUCUGCAGCGGGAAACUUGGUUAUUGCUUUGCUAAGAUAUCUUGAGACGUCAUCGAGCCUCCCGUUACCAGGCGGUGCGAUGGUCUGGUCUCCUUGGGUCCACGUGACGUCGAAAGCCGGCGCGGAUUAUGAUGCGAGCAGGAACUCGGCAAGUGACUCUUUAGUUGCAUCGUUACUUCAAUGGGGUGCCCAGGCCUACUUUCCAGAACACCGGCCAACCGCAGAGGAAGUGGCUUAUAUUUCGCCUUUGCAUCAUCCAUUCCGGACCAGAGUUCCACUAUUCAUCCAUGGCGGUACCACGGAAGCUAUGUUCGACACAAUCGAGGAAUUUGCAGAGCAGAUGACUGCAAUAGACAACAACGUAAUCAGAUUUCAUCCAACGGAAUUUAUAUCGCACAAUCUGAUCAUGGCUUAUGAAGGAGUAGGACUUGAACGUGAGGUAGAAAGCGCAUUAGUAGAUGCCUACAACUUUUUUAAGCAGUGAGUUUAGAACAUUAAAUUUAAAACAUUACAUAA